AAUGGCAGUUUCGCACCGGGAAUGGAGCCCAAACGUCAACGGACAGCUUACACUCGUCACCAAAUCCUCGAACUCGAAAAAGAAUUCCAUUAUAAUCGUUACCUGACGAGGCGUCGACGAAUAGAAAUCGCGCACACCCUCGUUCUUUCGGAAAGACAGAUCAAAAUCUGGUUUCAGAACCGACGUAUGAAAUGGAAAAAGGACAACAAACUCCCAAACACUAAAAAUGUGCGCCGAAAAACCAAUCCUGCUGGUGUCACAACAACCGCGUCAUCCAAACAAUCCAAAGGCCGCGGAAAAUCGUCAACAACCGCACCCAGCAAUAAUAAAAAAGUGAAUCAACCCCGACAGGGUGAUAUGGAUGGCCUUGGGGAGAACAUGCUGGACAUGUCCCUGUCGGGGAACCACUCCAUCACCGCUUCCAUGGGUGUGCACUCUCACGCGCAUCCCAUGCCACCCUCCAAUCUCCAUCACCCCGGAAUGUUGCAUGCUGACCAGGGGAUGCAUUUGGCCGGUUUGGGACCGCCGAUGGCUCCCCUGAGCACGUCACCAGGAUGCACACCCACGCAUCCCGCCCCACAACCGAUUAUUAAAUCGGACUACGGACUCACCGCCCUCUAAUUAAUAAAGUGAACUAUUUGUUACGUGCGCCAGUGUUUAUUUAGUGCGUGUGGAUUAUUUACGGGGUGAAUUUUUUGAAGUAGGCUGAUUCUACAUGAAAACAAAACCAAACCAGAAUUCUGUUAACAUCAACAGCUGUAAAUUCUUUUGAAGAAUCUUCCUUCAAAGUAAACUUUUCUUUUCUAUUUUAUUAGUUUUCAUCAAUCAGAUACUUAUAUCGAUAUCUCCAUUAAUAUAACUCUUGGAUAUACAGUACAACCUCGAUAAUCCGCACUUAUUAUUACAGAGGAUUCUUCGGAUUAUCAAAGAGUAGACACAGAUAUUUAUAUGUGAACCUUAUUUUUUAAUGAAAAUGAAACCUUAGCUCUGAACUCUAAAUUUU